GUCUUUUUUUUUCCUCUCCUGAAAUACAGUAACUUUAUUACUUCAAUGAGCAGAUAAUACCAGUUGGAGAUUAAAAAAAAAAAACACAUCAUCGAGAUCCUCUAAACAAGAUAUUACAAAAGUGGUCACAGCGGCAAUGUGUAAUGUGCCCUAUCUGCGAGAAUGAGCAAUGAAUCCUUUGGAAUUUCCCUGGUUGAGAAUCCACUUUGAGACAAACCCUAAGGGCACAAACAGGGUGACCAACUGAUGGUGUCGCCUUCCUGCUUAGGUCCCCUCUGGACAGGACAUAUGGACACCAGACAGCAGCAGACAUCUUUAGUUUAAGAGCUCUCACAACACGAAAACCACGCGUGAGAGCAUGUGAAUUCUUAAACUUGAUUUGACAGGGGUUGAGGUUUUGCAUUUACUCUCUGGCUACAGAACUGCAAACAAACAGUAACUGAUUAUCCUCAGACUGUAGCAAACACGAAAUUUACAGCAGACACCACCCAUAAAACACAUUUAGGAAAGCCCGUUUGGCCCAGAGGCAGGUGAGGUUUUCCUGUGAACCCUUACAUAACGGUCCAUGAUCCAAAGCAUGCCCAUGCAUGUCCUAUCAUCCCUGGUAUGAAUUUAAACCUUCCCAACCCAGUAAUUAGAUUUCCUGACAGGAUGAUAUGCAGUUGUUUUUUUCAGGAAAAAAUAUAUCAAGUCAAUAUGCAAUUUUAACAUAGCUAAAGGCUCUUUUUCCCCUCUAAUGAAAACUAAUGUUCCUUUUCUUUGUCUGGCUGGAAUUUUUAUGGAUACAUUUCAUUAUUUAUUUCUGGCCCAAAUCCAAUUGUCUUGUAUAUUUUUGUUUGAUAUAUUUAUAUACAAGAAGUGAAAGAGUGUGGGAGAGCCAAAAAAAAUAGCCGAGCGUUUCUGAGGAAGCAAAAAUAAGGAAAUAGUAGAAAAAAAGCAAAAAACAUUACUCUAGUUUCACUUUUAUAUUUCAAAUUACCAAAGCUGCUGCUACUAGGAGUGAGGCCGGUAAAGUAUGUACAAAGAAAAGAAAAGGACAACCACCAACAGGCACUCCCUGUGUGUAAGAGGCUCAAGAGAGCAUAAGUUCAUAAUUUACCAGCGAAUGAAAAACAGCCUGUCUUUAUAUGGUGCAUUGUUUUCAUAUUCUGUGCUGUGCAGACGACUCAAGGAAUUUGUAUUCGUCUUAGACAUCCCUCCUUGAACCUGAUCCACACUCAAACGCACACGCGCGUGCGCACACGCACUCACACUGACAAAUGCAACGUCUGUGUUACGUGGUGAAGGGACACGCUCCUACAGUGUCAGAAGUGAAGGGAGUGGGGCUGGCUGAAGCAGAGAUUAGUCACUGCAGUGCCAGAGUGAAUGCAACAUUUUUCCUCAGAAUACACAACAAUAAACGGAUCACUGUUAACUCUACGGUUCUUGGACAGGAACACAAACACGAAUAAGUAUGGCCGACUUUGACUAUCAGCACGACGAUGAUUCAAAUGAAACUUACGACUACAAUUAUGAACACACCAUCUGUGACAAGGAAACAGUCCGUUCCUUUGCCGGCGUCUUCCUUCCGGUCAUCUAUGCCCUGGCUCUGAUAGUUGGCCUGGCGGGAAACGCCUUGGUAGUGGUGGUUUACACGUCACGGCUGAAACUGCGAACCCUGACAGAUGUGUGCAUCCUCAACCUUGCCAUUUCAGACCUGCUGCUUCUCUUCACCCUGCCUUUCUGGGCGGCUGAUGCUGUCCACGGGUGGAUGCUGGGUACGGCAGCCUGCAAGCUCACAUCCUUCCUCUACAGCACCAACUUCAGCUGCGGCAUGCUGAUGCUUGCGUGCAUCAGCGUGGAUCGCUACCGCGCUGUAACCAAAAAUCCAACGGGCAGAGCUGGCACCGGAUCCCAAGUCAGGAGACAGUGGUCCCUGGUGUGCCUCAUGCUGUGGACUACAGCCAGCAUUCUCGGCCUUCCUGAACUUAUCUUCUCCACAGUGAAGCACACCCAUUACAGGAUUAGCUGCACAGCCAUCUACCCGCAUAGCAUGGCCCGACCUGCAAAGGCUUCCCUGGAGCUGCUUGAGGUGAUCCUGAGAUUUGUGAUACCUUUCCUGGUCAUGGUGGUGUGCUACUGCCGAGUGGGACUGGCGCUGAGUAAGGCCGUCGCGGUGCGACGAGAGAAAAAGUGGCGAGCCCUGCGUGUCCUCCUGGCUGUGGUGGCCGUAUUCCUGCUCACCCAGCUGCCCUACACGGUAGUCAAGCUUUGCCGAGCGAUGGACAUCAUUUACAUGCUCGUGACCGACUGUGAUGUCAGCAAGGGCUUGGAUCACGCUAUGCAGGUGACAGAAAGCCUGGCUCUCACCCACGCCUGCAUUAACCCGCUGUUGUACGCCUUCAUGGGGUCGUCCUUCAGGAGUCACGUUCUAAAGACUGCCAAGCACCUUGGACAGCGACUUGGGAGGCACCAGAGACACGUCAACGAGGAACCCGUGGAGAUUGCGCUCCAAGCGUGUAAUCAAACCCAAUCCCAGUCGGAUUCAGAAGAACAAGACACCAGCACCUUUACUAUUUAAGACUCAAAACAUGCGUCUAUUUUUUGUAAACUCUCAUACAAAAUUGCACGUACACAGUAUAAAUAUAUUUACGUUCCCUUCCUAAUAUGCAAGACAGAUGCCCAUAAGCAUAAAUGUUAAUUCUCUGUUUAAUAAUUGUGUAUGUACAGUGAAUUUAUAUGCACUAACCAGCAAAGUAUUUUGUAUAAAUUAUGUAUUUUGUUAAAUAAAAGAAAGUUUUCAAUAGCAUGCAUCUGUCGCAACUGAGUGCAGCUGAUGCGCUCGUUCUCGAGUUCUUUGCAACAAAUCUAAUACAGCUUCAUCGUCUACGCCACCUUAAACGAGCUCAUCUGCGUCUCAUUUCAUUACAUCCCGUGGUUUUGGGUUGGGAUGAUGGAUGACUUGACUGCACAGUGGGUGGGUGACCCAUCGAGUGGAAAAACAUUUGGCAAGCAAAGACAGGACAGCAACCGGCAGGAAGCACCCCACCAUGCUAUCAAAGCUGAAUAUUGUGCGGAGAAGUUUAAAGAGCGACUGCUGUUUUCAUCUAAUCUCCUUUUUAUCCUUUCAAUAACACAAGUUUUAUAGCUUGCAGUAAAACCCAAUCCACAGUUUUUUCCAGAUUACGCUUCAAACUUAGAAUCCAGGCUCAGCCCUUUGCUGAGGAAGGGCGAGAAACCAAGAGGUCAAAGUUUACUCAAGCCUUUUUACACAACAACAAAGAAGACUCAAAAUCUGUUGAUCGCAAUUACCACAAGUACCUCCUGAACAUCAAAGACAAACAUGAAUUCAUUGUUUACCAUUCUUUCCCUCUUGUUAGUCAUUCUUUUCCAGAGCAAUGCCUUAGAUCCCCAAACUAAGUGUGUCUAGCACAUGUUUAGGCCACAA